AUGAGUAGGCCUACGUUCAGUAGUUUUUUGAAAGCGACCACGCUGAGAUUGCUCCGCGAGCGGCCGCUUCUGUGUGCAGCUGGCCUGGUGAUCGCGACGGGUUCGGCAGUCUACUUUCAUAACAAAUAUUACGGCGUCGGUGAGGAUGAACCGGCCACCUUGGAGAUCGUGGACCGUGUUGUCACGUUUGAAGAGGAUCAUGAUCCCACCCUGGACCAGGAGGACCCCGUCCUUGUUCAGGGUAAUGUCCAGGUGGUCCUCACCAACAAGGAGGUGACUGGUAUUAAGUACCUUGGUAGAAGGAUCCAUGGACUCAGGUCUUGCCUCGUCAAGAGGAGGUCAGAGUUCACCUAUUAUGAGGACGCCCAGCAGGUGGAUAUCUCCACCACAGUGGAGGGGUUCCAGGAGAGGGGGGAUGACAUGAUGACGUAUCAGUUCUCUACCUCUGACAUUAUCACCACCCCUCAUGAGCCGUCCUCUGGCUCUUCUCAGCAGUUCCCCCAGGAUUCUCCACCUCCCCCUCCGCCUCCCCCGUUCCCUUCCCCUCCACCUUACCACUUUACCCAGGACCAGACCCCUGACAGCACUCCUCAGGAGUUUGUGGAGGAGCAACAUAAUGUUGCAGAUGUGCCCCAGCUGUGGAGUUACUUUGGAAACCAAGGGACAAGCAACUUCUCUCUGAGGCUGGCCGGUAUCCGACGUGCUAUGGAGGCUCUGACAUCCUCAGACAGUACCUCCCUUAAUUACCUCACCCACGCUGGGAGGAUGGUGUUGAGUGGACUGUCCGAGCUCAACCAGCAGAUCAACCACAUCAAUUUCACAGAUGUAUUUUAUGAAUUCGUUCUACUGAGCCUUCUUGAAGGAAAAACAUCUCUUCCAACUUCUAGGCCUGGUACCUUCUAUUAUCUGCUCAUGGAAGUGAUGAUGAGGAUUCGCCCUCCUGGAGGAGCCUGGACAGAGUCUGCUGGGAACUUCUACCUCCUCAUUAAGGAUCAGAUGAAGGCGUGGUUGGACUCCAUCUUCAACCUCGAUGAGUCCAUCUAUGAAAGCCCAGAGAGGCUCUCGUGGCAGGUGAUGGAGAUUCUAGAAAUGCAGGUUGACUUCCUCCUGUCCAGCCUGGAUUAAGGGUCCCAAACUGAGCUGAGGAUCCCAAACACAAAAUAAAGUAUUUUGCAUUUAAACAAUAUCUGUCAAUCUCAAACUAAUUUGACAUCAUGUCAAAUCAAAUCAAAGCACAUUUUAUUGGUCACAAACACAUGC